AUGGACAUACCACAGAGCCGACGUAUACAUAUCGGCAACAUUUCAGCCAAACUAGCCGAAAGCAAAGAUUCCUUUCUUCUGAGAUUGGGAAAAUUCGGCACGGUCAAGGGCCCCAUGGACCUUCGGACCAAACCAGUUGGUGAUUUCUACUUUGCAUUUGUCGAUAUGGAGAUUUCAGACAAGCAGUUCGAGAAGCUCAGGUCUUCUUUGAACGGUAUUCUCUUUAUGGGCAAAAAACUCAGCAUCAAUAUUGCAAAAGGCGACUACAUGGACAGAUGGAAGAAAGAUGCGGGAAGACCAGAGAUUUCCAAAGCCACAUUGGCAAAACUGGCCAAUAUAGCAGCCGCCAGAGUAGACAGAAUUAGAGAGCUGUCCACAAAAUACCCCAGCAACAGCAUUUCAGGAACACCAUUGCAUUCCACGAGUGUACCUGCUCCCAAUAACUCCAGCAUGGGCUAUGAAUGUUCAGCCCACACAACAAAUAAUAUCAGUGCCAACACAAAGAACAAAGCUCCGUCACACAGCCUCAAAGGCAAGAAUUCUUACGGUCUGACUCUCAAUCCCAAGGGGACGUCUACUCAGCAAUACUCUCGCACAAGUGGCCGUGCUGAAGUUGUGAAGGGUAGAAUGAGAACCACACCACGUCCUGCUGCCCAUUUCAUCAGGAAGGAGCAGACCAUGAGACUUUUAAUCAACGGUGAGCUCAAGCAAAUCAAGUGCUACAAGACAAAGCUUUGGGGUGUGGAGAAAAAGUCUGCUGGUGAACUCACAUACAAAUACUCCAACGGCACAUGGAGGUCUGGCGAUGAUCACAUAGUGGAAAGAGUUAGUCUUCCGGUCGACAAGUGUGGAGUCGACGGAAGUCAGGCUGCAAGCUAUGGUGCUGAUGCACACCACGUUGAUGAGAUGGAAGUGGAGAAGGAUAAGGACGUUAACAGCACCGUGCUUGCAAAUUUCUUCGAGACAUUUGACUUUGACAAGCCGGUAGAGCUUGAUGACGGCAAGUCCGAUGACGAGAGCGACGCCACCUUUGACAGCAAGGGCCGCAAGAACAUCGAGCUGUACGAUUUUGAGACCAAAGGCUUCGUUGAGUUCGACGACGAUGGUAAAGAACAGGGUAAUGGCGAAUCCCUUCAAACUUUCCUUUCUACACAUGAAAGACCAAAAGAAGAAGUUUACUUUGACGAGGACGAUGAGGGCAACGAGCUUGAUCCUACUACUUUGGGUGAGCAGUAUGCCACAGAGGCGAUCAAAGAGCAGUACGAUGAGGAGCAUAAGGACGAAGAUGGUGAAGACAAGGAAAUCAAUAAUGAUGUCGAUGAAGCGGAAGCUGCACCCUCUCAAAACGAGACAGAGAACUUGCGUUCGUUGUUCGAAUCUAGCAAACCCACCACCAGUCUAUUUACUGCAGACAGCGGAUUCAAGCUUGGUCUUGACGAAUCGGAUGAUGACAUAGACGUUGAAAAGAAAUUGGCCGAUGAAGAAGAGCAGAGAAAGUUGGCUGAGCAGAUCAGCCUCAAACAACAGGAACAGGAAGAGGAAGUCCAGUCGACUGCAGUGAGUACCAAGAAGUUUGGUUUGUUCUGGACCCACUUUGAAUCUCCAUUCAUGCAAACACAAACUCAGCUUAGCAAAAUUGGUCAUGCUAACGAAGCCAUCACUUUGCCUGGAGAAGAAGACGGUAACGAGCUCAGAGAUGAUGGUCGUGGAGAAGAGGACGCCUAUGAGCGCUGGUUCUGGCUGAUGAGAGGUGAAGUGGGACGUGAAUGCAAGAGAAGAAAGAGAGACGUCUUGAGGACGCUCAAAAAGCGCCACGUUCGUGCAGUAGUGUAA